AUGCCAUUCCGAAACGAUGUGGUGGUUGGACUCCUCAUUGGCACAAAUUGCGCACGAGCGAUCAAACCACGUGAAAUCAUACCUGGUAAUGAUGAUGACCCUUACGCGAAAAGGACUGCACUUGGCUGGGGAAUCGUUGGCAUUGUCGAAGCGAAGGUAAACGAAGAAUCCGACGAGAAUUACGUUGUUGUGAAUCGAGUCAUCACACACGAAGCCAAUGUUGGUCCAGACAGAAAGAUUUGUCAUUUGGCCUUGAGAGCACAGGUCAAGGAGAUUAUGAACCCGAGUAUGUUUAAUCAAAUGUGCGAGUUAGAUUUCAGUGAACGAAGGAAAGAAGAACAACCUCUUUCCUACGAAGAUAAGAUGUUUAUUAAGAUGGUCAAGAAAGGAAUCCAUCAACGUGAAGAUGGUCAUUAUGAAAUACCCCUACCUUUCAAAGAUGACGAAGUGAAGCUGCCCAAUAUAACAAAAGUCAGGCAUUGAGCCGUCUUUCGAAGCUGAAGCAACGAUUCCUGAGAGACAAGAAAUAUCAAACCGACUACCUGACAUUUAUGAAUGGAAUCAUUGCUAGUAACUACGCCGAACUUGUUCCUCAGGAAGAGAUGAAAUUGGACGAUGGUCGAAUUUGGUAUCUACCGCACCAUGGUGUCUAUCAUCAUAGAAAACCUGACAAGAUAAGAGUAGUCUUUGACUGUAGUGCAGUAUACAAAGGACAAUCCCUAAAUCAAAAUCUAUUACAAGGACCUGACCUUACAAACAGUCUGCUGGGCGUUCUUUGUCGUUUCCGCCAAGAUGACACUGCUUUCAUGUGCGAUCUCGAGGCUAUGUUCCACCAAGUGAUGGUGAAUGUCAACGAUCGAAAUUUCCUUCGUUUCCUAUGGUGGAAGGAUGGUGAUUUGGACAACGAACCAAUUGUGUACCGAAUGACAGCGCACUUAUUUGGAGCAACUUCAUCACCUGGUUGCGCCAACGUUGGUCUAAAGACGACAGCCGAUGACUACGAAAGAGAAUGUGGUAGCCAAGCAGCCAAUUUUGUGAGAGAUAAUUUUUAUGUUGACGACGGAUUAAAGUCUGUUUCCACGCCCACCGAUGCUAUCGAUCUAAUCCAGAAGACCAAAACGCUAUGCAAGAAAGGAGGCUUUCGUCUUCACAAGAUAAUCUCGAACAGUAAGGAAGUCAUUGAAGCAGUUCCCCCCGAAGAACGCGCGAAAGGCAUUCAAGACCUGGAUCCAACUCGUGAUGCCCUUCCAAUUGAGAGAGCCCUGGGAGUCCAAUGGUGCGUGGAAUCUGAUACUCUUAAAUUUCGGAUUGAAUUGGCUGACCGACCACUUACAAGAUGAGGCAUCUUGUCAACAGUGAGUUCUGUGUUUGACCCCUUGAGAGUCCUUGCUCCGUUCGUGCUAAUUGGAAGGAGAAUCCUUCAAGAGUUAUGUAGAGAUGGAGCGAAUUGGGAUGACAAGAUUCCAGAUUAUCUGUUGUCGAGAUGGGAAAGUUGGAGAAACGACGUAGUACUCUUAGCAAAACUAAGUAUCCCUCGUUGCUAUGUACCAGUCGACUUUUGAGAAAUCAAAGUAGUGGAAAUGCAUAAUUUCUCGGACGCAAGUGAAAUUGGUUACGGACAGUGUUCCUAUUUGAGGCUCGUUGAUCAUCUUGGGUCGGAUUCAUUGUUCGUUGGUGUUGGCGAAAUCUCGAGUGGCACCGUUGAAGCUUGUAACAAUUCCUCGUUUAGAGCUUACUGCUGUGUUGGUGACGGCGAAAGUCGGGGUGUUAUUGAAAAGGGAGUUAGAGUACGAGCAAGUCAAUGAGUUCUUUUGGUCCGACAGUAAAGUCGUACUUGGGUACAUUUUCAACAGUGCGCGUCGUUUCCAUGUCUUCGUCGCAAACAGAAUUGAACAGAUUCGGGACCUUACUUCACUUGCUCAAUGGAGAUAUGUAGAGUCGAAAGAUAAUCCAGCUAAUUAUGCUUCCCGUGGUCUUUACGCCCAAGACUUAAUUGACAAGAAAGAGUGGUGGCAUGGACCCGAUUUCCUUUGGACCAAUUUUGACACACAGCGAGGUGUAAUCGAGAACGCAGUCGCUGUUUCUCCAGAUGACCCCGAAGUGAGAAAGACUUCCACACUUGUCACUGAGGUCAAGGAACUAGCAGACAUUGAAGAACGUUUGCGUCGUUUUUCCAGUUGGAAUCAAGCUAAGAGAGCUAUUUCGUUUUGUCUUCGUCUUAGAAAGAGACUUAUAAAUCAGCUGCGUCAGAAGAGUUCGUCAGCCUCCGAUGGUAAUAAGCCGGAGCGGAAAGAAAUCGAAGAUGACGGACAAACAAAUCCCAUUAGUAAAGAUUUGAAACAGCUAGUGAAUAAAAGCAUCAAGGCUACCAGACAAGAAAAGUUGUCCUACAAGCCAGUAAACGUCGAAAAACUCCAGGAUGCUGAAAGUGAAAUCAUCAGGAUUGUUCAGAACAAAGCAUUCGACGAUGAGAUUGUUUUAUUAGGUCAUCAGGAUCCACAGAACAUAACCCCUCCCUCCGGAGAUGUUCAAAACCAAGUCAGAAAAACUGUGAAAAUAUCGAGUUCAAUUUAUCAACUAGAUCCGUUCCUUGGUAAGGAUGGUAUCCUGCGUGUGGGUGGCCGAAUCAGACGUGCAAGUAUUCCUGAGAACGUUAAGCACCCAUGUAUCUUUCCAAGAAAAGGCCAUGUGACCUAGUUAGUUAUCUCAGAUAACUAUCUGUCACCAUCAUCAGAAGGUUGCACACCAAGGACGCGGAAUGACGCAUAACAACAUCAGAUCGUCCGGAUUCUGGAUCAUCGGUGGACGAUCAGCUGUCGCCAGUCACAUUUCAAAGUGCGUAAAAUGCAGAAAACUUCGUGGUUCAUUGCAGGAACAGAAAAUGGCAGAUCUGCCAGCAGAUCGUCUGGACCCUGCUCCUCUUUUCGCUUACAGCGCGGUCGACUAUUUUGGACCUUGGCUAAUUAAAGAAAGACGCCGACAAGUUAAGAGAUAUGGAGUCUUAUUCACUUGUUUGGCAUCACGAGCCAUUCAUUUAGAGACAGCCAACAGUCUGGAUACUAGUUCCUUUUUAAACGCCUAUCGUCGGUUUAUUGGACGUCGGGGUCCAGUGCGUCACCUGAGAUCAGAUCGAGGUACUAACUUUGUUGGCUGCAAGAAUGAACUGAAAGAAGCGCUAACAGAAAUGAAUCAGGAGGCUAUAAAACUGAAACUAUUGGAAGAAAAUUGUGACUGGAUUGAAUUCCGAAUGAAUGUACCGCAUGCGAGUCACAUGGGUGGCGUCUGGGAGCGUCAAAUACGGACUGUACGAAAUGUUUUGACAGUUUUACUGGACAACCAUGGAACCAUUGUGGACGAUGAGUCAUUGCGAACCUUCAUGGUGGAAGCCGAAGCGAUUGUAAACAGCCGACCGCUUACCACUGAAAAUCCAGACCACCUUGAACCUAUAACCCCUAACCACUUGCUGACGAUGAAGAGCAAAGUCAUUCUACCUCCUGCUGGAAACUUUCAGGGUGCAGACACUUAUUCGAGAAAAAGAUGGCGUCGGGUUCAGUAUCUGGUUAACGAGUUUUGGUACCGUUGGAGAAACGAAUUUAUUCAAUCCUUACAAGUACGGCAAAAAUGGAUGCGUCCCCGAAAGAAUCUUAAGAUUGGAGAUGUGGUCAUUGUCAAGGAUAUAGAUACGCCUCGCAACCGAUGGAAGCUCGCAAGAAUUGUAGAGACAUAUCCCGAGAAUGACGGACUCGUUCUAAAGGUCAAAAUCGCCUUAGCUGACAGUACUUUAGACGACCAAGGAAGACGAAAACGACCUAUUUCCUAUUUAGAUCGACCUGUUCAGAAAUUGGUUCUCCUCCUGUCCAGAGAUGAGUAUGAAGACCGGGGAGUCCCCGACGAGGAGCCAUGUGUAAAGCCAGGAUCAUAAUGACGAGUGGUAAACUGUUGACGUCGAUAAACGAUAAGUUUUAAUUUUAAGUAGUUAAAUUGCUAUACAAUUUAGAGGAGCCAUGUUAAGAAUUGACUUCUAAUUAGUUUAAUUAUUCUAAACAGUUUAUGAUAAGAUAUGCAUGAAUAAAUAAUUAACCCAAAAAGAUUAGUAGGUAGAAUUUGGAAUUGUUUAGUUAUAGUUAGAGCGCUUAUAGUCAGAGCGCAUCGAAAUCGAACGGUGAUAUAAACGAGAGUUAUUAACUAAGAGUUUAUGAAAAGGGAUCUGCGGGGACAGAGGUACGUUUAUAUAAUAAUAUACUGUAGUGAUUUAUAAUUGUAAUAUAUGGCAAAGUAGAUAGAUUUAUGACUUGUAAUUAUUGUUUAUUUUAGUUUUUACGUACUGUCCUGGAUAAAUAUACGUUUAACAUACAAGAAGACUAUAGACCACGAAGAGUCUAUGCGUUUGUAACAUAGACCACGAAAGGUCUAUGCGUUGUUGUUAGUUUGUUUUGUCGAGUUUAUCGGGACGGUUCAGUUAUCUCAGCCGCUCUCAAAGUCCGAUCCUUUACAUAGAUAGUCAAAACCUUUUUAUUUGAAUCUUAAAUACACUACAGUCUACGACAUAAACGUAAAAUAUAUUAUUAUAUAAGUAUACAGGGUGUAUCAAAAUAAACGCAAUUCAUCUUUUGUGCUUAAUAACUUUCGAAAUACUAUUUCUAGUUAAACGCUUUUAGGCUUACUUCAAAGCCUGUUCUUUUCUCUUUCAAACAAACUAUUAUCCUUGUCUCCAAUGCUAGUAAUAAUUGCACAGGAAAAGAUUUA